AUGAUUAAACAACAGCAACCACAACAACUUAAGGCGCAAAGCACCCAGGUCCCUCAGACCAUUACAUACGCCAUAUAUGCAUAUAAUUCAAAGACGGCAGAACAAACACAAAGGUUGAAAUAUGGAGAUUUGGAGAUAGUAUUGAAAAAUGACCAUUUCGAAUUCGUUUGCAAAGGUGGUGCAGUGAUAUCAAAUAUAAAAGAAAUUUUAUUUAUGAAUUCAAAAAUUAAAGGAAUAACGGAUGAUAUAACAUCAAUUCCACCAGAAGAACAAAGAUAUUACGCAUUAAAUGCAUUUCCUAAAGUUUUGAAGAUUGGAAGAUUUAAUUUAAAUGAGGAAUUCAUAAAAGGUUUCCUAAAUGACAUAAUGAAGAAAGCAGAUAAGGAAUAUGUGGCUAGUGAGUUAAUGAAGAAGGCAAAUAAGGAAUAUGUCAACAGUGAGUUAAUGAAGAAAGCAGAUAAGGAAUAUGUGGCUAGUGAGUUAAUGAAGAAGGCAAAUAAGGAAUAUGUUAAUGAAAAAGAUAAUGAAAUUAAAGAAAGGGUUGAAUGGUAUCAUGAAUGGACAUCAAGUAUUUUAAAAUCUAAAGCUGAUACAGGAUGGGUUUCAGGAUGUUUAGACCUUAAAGCAGAUAAGGAAUAUGUCAACAGUGAGUUAGAGAAGAAGGCAGAUAAGGAAUAUGUGAAUGAAAUAUACCAAAGUUUGAUAGGAACAACUGAAAAUAUUGAAACUAUUGUUGGUGACUUUUCCGUCAAUGAAGAAAAUAAAUAUUUUAGAUGGCAAAUGGUACAUUCCUUAAAAAACGGUAUACGGUAUAAACUCAUUCCGAAAAAUAACAAUGAAAUGUAUGUAAGCUAUAUAAAGAAUGAUGAUACACAAGUUAAAGUUCCAUUAGACAACAACUGUUACUUAAACUUAUAUGGAGACGAACAAAAGAAAUAUUUAAGAGUUUAUGAAAUGACAGAUAUGACAUUGUCUCACCUAGCUCCAGCACCAUAUUAUUAUGACUAUGGAGAUGACGAGAGAACACCACAUGUAGAUGAACAAAAGUUAACAUUAUAUUUAGAUUAUUAUAGAUAUAAAAGAUAUAAUGCAAUAGAAAAAACGAGAAUAGUAUAUUAUUAUAUAGAUGACAAAAAUAAAUAUUAUAGUCAAGAUUUUACCUACCCUGAAAACAUAAGAUUAUAUUAUAAAAAAUAUUCUGACACAAACCAAAAGAAACCUGAAAUA